GGGGGGCGGGGCGGCGGCGGCGGCGGCGGGACGGCGCGGAGCUCGGGCGGCGCCUCCCUGCGGCGGCCCGGCCUGCCUCGCCCGCCGCGGCGAUGCUCCCCGGGGCCGCGGGAUGAGCCAGUGACUCGGCUGGCCCGGGCAUGGCGGACCCAGUGGCAGGCAUCGCGGGCUCAGCGGCCAAGAGUGUGCGGCCGUUCCGCUCAAGUGAGGCCUACGUGGAGGCUAUGAAGGAGGACCUGGCCGAGUGGCUCAACGCCCUGUACAGCCUGGGUCUGCCCGGCGGUGGCGAUGGCUUCCUGGAGGGCCUGGCCACAGGCACAACCCUGUGCCGACAUGCCAACGCUGUCACGGAGGCCGCCCGCGCCCUGGCUGCUGCCCGCCCAGCCCGGGGGGUGGCCUUCCAGGCGCACAACGUGGCGCCUGGCUCCUUCAUGGCCCGAGACAACGUGGCCACCUUCAUCGGCUGGUGCCGCUCGGAGCUGGGCGUGCCCGAAGUGCUCAUGUUCGAGACCGAGGACCUGGUGCUGCGCAAGAACGAGAAGAGCGUGGUGCUGUGCCUGCUGGAGGUGGCGCGGCGCGGGGCCCGCCUCGGCCUGCUGGCCCCCCGCCUCGUGCAGUUCGAACAGGAGAUCGAGCGGGAGCUGCGCGCCGCACCCCCAGCGCCCAGUGCCCCCGCGGCUGGGGACGGCGCCACGGAAACCGCUGCCGCGCCAGGGGCUCCCACCCGCGGGCCUCGCAUGACCCUCAGCGACUUGCGCAACCUCGACGAGCUGGUGAGGGAGAUCCUGGGCCGCUGCACCUGCCCGGACCAGUUCCCCAUGAUCAAGGUCUCGGAGGGGAAGUACCGCGUGGGAGACUCCAGCCUGCUCAUCUUCGUGCGGGUGCUGAGGAGCCAUGUGAUGGUGCGUGUGGGCGGCGGCUGGGACACGCUAGAGCACUACCUGGACAAGCAUGACCCUUGUCGCUGCUCCUCCACCGCCCAUCGCCUGUCCCAGCCGAGGGCCUGCGCCUUCUCCCCGCCCAGGGUGUCGCCCACCCCCAGCCCCCGCCCUGGCAGCCCAGUCCCGGGGAGUGAGCGCAGGGGCUCCCGGCCAGAGAUGACUCCCCUCAGCUUACGAAGCACAAAGGAGGGGCCUGAGACCCCACCCAGGCCCCGGGAUCAGCUGCCCCCUUAUCCGCGCUCCCGCCGCUACUCCGGGGACAGUGACUCCUCAGCCUCUUCCGCCCAGAGCUGCCCCCUGGGUGCCCGCAGUGACGACACGGGCACUGGCCCCCGGAGGGAGCGACCCAGCCGGCUGACCACAGGCACCCCCGCUUCUCCAAGAAGGCCCCCCGCUCCGCGCAGCCAAUCCCGAGACGGGCUGGAUCGCGGUCGGCCCCGCGGGGCCGCAGGAGGCAGGGGGGCGCAGGUGCCGGCCCCCAGCCCUGCCCGGCGGGCGCGGAGCCAGAGCCGGGAGGAGCAGGCGGUACUGCUCGUGCGCAGGGAUCGAGAUGGGCAGCACUCGUGGGUGCCCCGGGGCAGGGGCAGCGGGGGCUCUGGCAGGAGCACCCCCCAGACUCCCCGCGCCCGCAGCCCUGCGGCACCCCGGCUUCCCCCGCUCUCCAGCCCCAGUCCAGAGCUGGGCGCCACGCCGGCCAGUGUCUUCCGCACACCCCUGCAGCUUGACCCGCAGCAGGAGCAGCAGCUGUUCCGGCGCCUGGAGGAGGAGUUCCUGGCCAACGCGCGCGCCCUUGAGGCCGUCGCCAGCGGGACCCCCACCGGACCAGCCCCCGACCCAGCUCGAGCCCCAGACCCUCCAGCGCCUGACUCUGCCUACUGUUCUUCCAGCUCCUCCUCUUCAUCCCUCAGCGUCCUGGGUGGCAAGUGUGGCCAACAUGGGGACUCUGGCCGGACGGCCAACGGGCUGCCCGGGCCCCGCAGCCAAGCCCUGUCCAGUUCCUCUGAUGAAGGCAGCCCCUGCCCUGGCAUGGGGGGACCACUAGAUGCAGCCGGGAGCACCCUGGCUGGCCCAGAACACUCGGGCACCUGGGCGCGGGGUCGGAUGGACACGCAGCCAGACCGUAAACCCUCACGCAUCCCCACACCCCGGGGGCCCCGUCGCCCAUCCGCGCCCGCUGAGCUCGGGACCUGGCAUGCCCUGCACUCGGUCACCCCAAGGGCCGAGCCAGGUUCCUGGAUGUGAUGGACCAGCCCAGCUGCCCCAGACCCCAGUCCUCCUUUUCCUUUGUGGCCUUAACCCCUCUGCAUCAGGGAGCCCCCUCCACCUCUCGAGUACCAGACCUCAUGGGACCAGACCCCUCGGUACCACAUGGCACAAUGGGACCUCUGUUGUACAUUCCGGUUGGGGGAUGAGCGUUGCUAUUUAAUUACUAAUAUUAUUGAAUGCCUUACAGGCCACCGGUCCAGCUCGGUGUCCUGAGGACCUGUGGCUCAGCAGAGCCUCUGACAGUAAAGUUUUGCUCCAGC